AUGGGUAUCGGCAAGGGCCACAAGGCUGGUGGAAUCCGUGACGAUGCUCCAGACCUCGAAUUUACGUAUCUUCGCUAUGGAAAGCAUAGUCUUCAUCGAAUCGGUGUCUGGGAGCAGCGCCGACCUGCCAAACCCAAUACCUCCUACUGGCUCAUAUUUAUCCAUGGUGGGGCAUGGAGGGACCCUCGCAACAAGCCAACCGACUUUGCUCCUUCCAUCAGGCAUCUGAUAACUGCCGGUGCGCUUCCGGACGCGGUUCGUGGGUUCAUUAGUAUAGACUACCGGCUGUCUCCGUACCAAGAGGAAUUUCCGCAAUGUUUAGACCAGACACCAUCCACAGAGCAACGCAUUGCGCAGCACCCGGACCAUGUCCACGAUGUGCGCUCAGCCAUGGACUUUCUGAGUCAACGAUUCGAUCUUGCCGACAAGUACAUUCUCGUUGGCCACUCGGCCGGGGCCAUGCUAGCUUUCCAGUUGCUCAUGAGCAAUGCGCAGUGGCAGCUGCAGUCUCCCGUAUCGCUUCCGAAACCCGCUGCCAUCAUUGGCAUCUCCGGCAUCUACGACCUUGUCAACUUGAAUCGUCGUUGUGACGGCAAUUACACCGACUUUAUCACCAAUGCCUUUGGUGAGGAUCAGGAUGUUUGGAUGCAGGCUUCUCCAGCGCAAUAUGACGGCUCUUUUAGACAAGCACUCCUACCACGUGGGACGCCGCUGUGGCUUGCCAUCUCGCCCAAUGAUGGGCUACUCGACCUGGCCGAGACGGAGGCCAUGGCCGAGAAGCUUAGAGCUGAUGGCUUCCAACCUACCAUUGUCAACGACUUGCAUGGCGAGCACGACUUUGUGUGGCAGGACGGUGCGCAGGUUGCCAGUCUUGUGAACCGUGUGCUUGCCGAGCUGAGCUCCAACGAUGUGGCUCGGAUGAUGCGGCUGCCGCAAAAAGUUUCCAUGGCAGACUAA